AUGAUCACGCGACAAGAUCUUCUUGCUACGCUACUGGCACCGGCGAACGCGCCCUUCAAUGGGAAAGUUGCGCUAGGCCACAUUUUCUUCUCUGAAAAUUUGGCAUCGGUUGGUAGUAUUGUUCAGUCGCGAAGCGGAACUCCAGGAUUCUUUGGAGCGCCCGUUAUGAGUACAGCCCUGGCGUGGCGGCGGCGGGCCGCCUCCAGCGCGCGCAUGCGCACCGGGGGUGGCGGAGCAGCCAGCUGUCCCACACUCAGUCUCUCCUCCCCCCAACCCUCCCCCCACGGCCGUAAAGCCUCGCCGCCCGCCUCACGCGGUCUUCGCACACUGCCGCAGCCGUCGUUCCUCACGUCAUCCGGUUCGGGCAGACUGCGAGCGAGCGAGCGAGCGAGGGAGAGAAACGGAGAGAGGGAGAGAGAGAAGAUACGAGGGUGGUGCGUCGCGGCGCGGAGCGGAGCGGCGCGGCGCACGAGACGACGACGGCGACGACGGCGGCACGAGACGAGCCGCUCGCUCCUCUCGGUCGGCGCGGUCGUAGCGGAGCGAAGCGGAAAGCGCAAAGCCCACACCAUACCACACACCACCAGCUUACUCGCACGCUCGCUCGCAAUAACUCUAAACUCGAGGCAAGAUGGCGGCCGCGGCGGGGAGGCCCCGUCCGCGCACCUCGCGCUUGCCACGGGCGACAAGAUCCUCGUGACCGUUGAAUCCGCGUUGCCCGACAUCCUCGUGGUAUCUUUCGUCCAAGGCGCCAAGUGCUUCCAAGGUGCGCUCCUCGACGCCACUAAGAGGGGCCUUCCCUGCGGUGUUCAGCCUCCGGAGCCGAUACUAGAUCCCGAUGGCGACAAGUUGGCAACGAUCGCGGCGCGUUUCAGCUACUUCCAGGAGAAGAGGAGUGCGUCGUCAUCGUCGGCAGCCACCGUCGUCGCCAAAGUCGACCUUCGCAGGAGCAUCAAUCCGCCCGCUAGAUACAAGAACGCGAGGCCUACAGUGAGAUUGAGACCUCGCCAGGUGCUCUGUAGCAAGUGCCGGUCGAUUUGCAACGAGAAUAGUGAGAACGUCGACGUCAGCAGAAAGCGGAAGCAUGAGGACGCGCAGCAACAACAGCAAUCGCAGCAGAUGAUCUCGGGGUCUACAAGAAGAAGCGACCGACGUUGCGGUCAGCAACCGCAGAAGACUCAGCGGACGUUGCUGUCGGAAUGCCGAGCGGAAAACGCGAUUUCCAAUCAAGCGACGACGAAGACGACAAGUUCGACUACCGAAUCGUCGAAGCUUGGAGCGUCGUUGAUCCCAAAACUGUCGAGAUUGCAGCCUACUGAGAUCAGCAAUGCGGAAUCCAGUCAAUUAUCUGACAACGUGAAGGUCGCUGCGAGCGCACAGUCUUCACAGUGGCUUGUCAGAAACGAAGAGGAGGCGUCCUUGAGGAACGUGCUGACGUCGCAGGAACGGGUGGUGGAGUCCACCGCUGAUUGCGACAAUAAUCCCUCGACAGCUUAUUGCGCCACGCCGAGGAGACUCAGUAGUUCGUCAGUAGAGAGCGCGAAAAUUCCUGAAGAAGAGGACAAGAAAACCUUCGCGGCCGCGGACUCGACGAUGAGACUGAGAACUGGCAGAGUGCCAAGGAAGAAGCGUUCGGUGGGUUCGAUGGAGGAUCUCUGGGAUGAAUCGGUGUUCGAGGAUCCCACAAGAACUGCGAGGACUACGCCAGUGAUCAAGAUCUCAUUUGGUGCGCAAGGUGAAGGGACUGUUCUCAAGAUACCCGCAAAACCUCAGGAUCCUGACGCAUACGAGCAGGAGACGGACGAUGCCGAUGACGCUCAGCAAGAGAGAGAUCCUCUAGAACUGCCUAGAUCCUUCGGUGAUGAUUAUGAGGGCGAGGAGGACGGACAGGAACAAGUGGAUCCUCAAAAGCAGGGUGACGUAGUAAAGGACGCCAGUGCAAAAGCGGCGAAACGGGCUCUGAAGAAAGCCAAGAAAGAGGCUAGAAGAAAGAUGUUGGGCGGAGUAUCACCAGCGAGAUCGCCUUGCAACGGAUCGCCGAGAUAUAACCCCACGUAUGAUCCACUUUUACAUCAUCGUCGGAAGCACAAGGUGAAACAUAAAAAGAAGCAUAAGGAAGGUAGAAAGCACAAGAACCAGCAACAAGAACAACCGCAACCUGAACAAUCCUCUUUGGAUUCCUUAGACCAAACACAGGAACAGCAACAGCAGUCGCAGCCGCAGCCGCAGCAGCAACAGCAGCAGCAGAAUUGGAAUGUUUUACCAGGCGGCGGUGAGUCCUAUAGAGCUAUUAAGGAACAGUGCCUGAAACAGAAGCUGUCGAUAUCCCUGAAGAGGCUGAACACGAAUGCGUACGCGCGUUGUGAUUAUCCCGUGAGCAACGCGUCCUCCGGCUGCAAGAGUUCCGGGGGUAGUAGCGACGAGUUGAGCGAACACGAACCGGAAGUAGAGACCGCGCCGGAUUUUCCACCCCAUCAGUCGCAUCCUUUGGUCAUGCGCCUCGCCGCCACCCCCGUAGCGCACUGUCUUACGACCAACGGCAGACGGAUGGACGUGGGCGACGUCGUAUGGGGCAAAAUCCAUGGCUUUCCCUGGUGGCCUGGCAAGGUAUUAAGUAUCACAGUAUCUUGCAAAGAAGACGGUACUUCGUCGAGUCCUCAGGCUCAUGUAGCUUGGUACGGAUCGUCAACGAGUUCGCUGAUGUCCUGUGAUCAAUUAAGUCCCUUUCUGGAAACCUUUAAGACGCGAUAUAACAAGAAAAAGCGCGGCCCAUACAAAGAAGCGAUACGGCAGGCCCAAAACGAGGCUCGAAGUCAAAUCACGCCUAAUUCAACUAGCAGCGUGUUGAACGUCUGCGGUUCGCCACGCGAAGUCAACGUCCUCUCCUAAGGGAAGUUCUCCGACAACCAUUCCUUACUAACAACAUCCGUCGGUGUGAUAAUUGAAGCGCUCGCGGCAAGAGAGUGACGAUUGGUAAUUAAUUUUCAAACUUGUUCAACAUUUCUCAUCGACAUACGCUUUUCGUGAAACGUUUUCUUCGCGUUUUUGAUAAUCGCAACCAAUUCAAACGUUUGGAUUUGAACAUUUUGGAAAUUUUUAAUUGCUUUCCUCGGAAUUGAACUCGGCCAUCGUUUAAAACUUUCGAGGCUUAAAGUAGACUUCGGCUCUCUGGGAUUGAUUUCUUACGCUUUUUUCACAAUAAUUAUUAUUGCUAACCGCAUUAAUGACUGAAGUCCGAAGAGAUAACAUUCUUACGUCAUGUUUGCGGAUCAACACUAACUUUCUUCGAGUGCUGGAUUAACGACGGAAUUGUCAUGUAACAUAUGAAAUUUUGUACAUACCCAUUAGCGCUAAUGAAAUAGUUACUGAUCAGUGUUUUGUCAGCCAUCUGUCUCGCCAUCAAUCGCUUGGAGCCAGUCGUGCCGGCGUAUAUUAAUCUUUGACUGACAUGUUUUUCACGCUGAUAUUUUUUCUACAAUUCUAUACUAAAAAGUACAAUUUGUACUAUAUUACUAGAAGUUAAAAAAAAAUUUUUUUUACUGAUACGAUCAGUAAUUAGUUUCGGAAUAUGUAAUAUUGAACUGUGUGUCGUUCUCUGACAAAUCACGUGCUGCGUAGAUUCUGAAGCUCUAGGAUUACAUUAUCUUUGGAUAUCUUCGUUUACUAAAUCUGAGAGCUUCAUAUUCUUAAUAUAAAUGCGACUUGCAGAUUUUAUAUUCUGAUAAGAUUGAGAUAUUCUCUCAUUCUAAUGAUGUAACAGUGUACUAUAGUUAUAGGAUUCUAGUGAAUCAUAAUGCGUUCUUCGGAACAUUUGAAUUUUACGGCACAAGCGCGUUUGUUAAAUGUAAAUUUUUAUUCUUCAACAAAGACGGUCAUUGUCUGCGCAGUCGACUGACUUCCGGCAAAUAGAAUCGCGAGCGUUUACUGCCAUUGUCACUGGCUUUUCUGUCCUCGGCUUACCAAGCGGACGAUAGCGCGUAAAAGUCUUAUUCUAGAUAUUUCUAUGACAAGUAUUCACUGUGAAGUUCGUUCUUUUGUUGAUUAAUCUCUCAAACGUCUCGGGCGGCGUGACUUGCCCAAAAUUGAUAAUAUAUAUCGUGCGACUAUCUCAGACUGCACAUUAUUACAAUUUAUUAUGUGUAUAUAAUAAUGAACGUUUAUUACAUACACACAUGCGAUAUAUUUUUCAGAUUUGAUAUGUACAUAAAAAUUAAGAAUAUGUAUUUAUAUAUACAUAUAUCUAUAAACAUAUAUCUUUUAAUUUUUAUCUAUGGCGCGUUUUGGUUUUUUCCGAGACGAGAGAAGCAGCGAUUUGUAUUUGAGGGAUUAAGUGUACGAAAAUUAUUGAUAAUAGUUAUCAAUUACUUUUUCUGACGGUCGCCAUAGAUAUGAUUCAAAUCGCAAAUCUAACUGGACAGAAGCGCUUUAUUUGCGUGUGUGCUUAGGAUUAUAUUUAAAUGUGAAUUUUCCUUUUUCUCCGACAAAGACAGCCAAUGUUUACGCUUUGUGCCAACACUGCCGUGUAAUUAAACAAUCGAUUGUUUGAUAUUCGAGCAACGAUAAUUGUAAAGCGAGUUUACGAUAGCUUGAGUGAAUUUUGAUUCUGAAAAAGCUAAUUAAUUAAAAGCAUAUAUAUUUCUUUCUUCUAAAAAAAGAAUAUAUAAAACGAAAAUUGUCUUGUAGUUACAGAUAAAAAAUUAACAAAAAAAAGUUUUACAGCUCUGAUAUUGAUAAAUAAAACUUCGAGUUUUAAUUACAAAUUAUCAAGAUCAAGAUAUCGUUUUAACUUCAUAACUUUGAUUCAUAACUUUGGGAGUUUAUACGAAGAUAUGAAUUAUUACAAAAUUCUGUAGAAAAAUUUCCGAACUUUAUAUUCAACAUCGUGAAUGAUUUACUUUGCAGAAAAGAAAUCAAUAAUUAGAAAUCGGACAUCUUCUCUAACCUAUAAGUAGUGAAGACAUUGUAAAAUCGCAAAUAGUACUUAAGAAAUCCUGAUUAUUGUUACAUCGAUGUUGUGCCACUGCCUCGACAUGAUUUUCUUCCACAAAAAUUUUCCAUGUUUAAUCGAAAUCAUUGUCGACUGAUAUGAUUUUUGUAACGUUGAAGUUGUAUAUAUCUUGUGGAAGAAAGCUCAUUUUUGUAAAAUCUUCGAAUUCGCAACACAUAUACGACACAUUGAGAACCGAUCGUCAGGAAUUAAAAAAAAAAAUCAAUUUAUUGAAUAAAAAUUGAAUAGUUUAAUUAUAACUAAAUAUUAUAAAUUGUGUAUAUUAGAGAAUAUUAAUAAUUUUUUAAUACUUAAAUACGUUUGAUUACAAGACAAAUCUUACGAAUGAAUUUGAUGAGAUCAGCAUAAAAAGUCCUGUAAAAUCGAUCGCGACAGCCUUUUUAUUUAAUUUAAUAAUUGAAAGCGGGUGAUUAUUCUCGCGAUACGUCGUCUACAAAUAGGUGCGAAGAAAGAAUGCGCGCAUGAGAAAAAGCGAAAUACGAGAGAAAAGAAUGUGUGAAAGAGAGAACGAGAAAGCAAGAGAGAGUUUGAGAAAAAAAGAAGAAAGUGGAAAGAUACGGUGUUUUAAGUAACUGUGAUUUUUUUGCAAAUGUUUUAUAUAUAUAUUAUAUAUAUAUGUAUGUUAUAUACAUAAAUAUGAAUUAAUUUCUACAUAUAAUAUAAACGAUGUUUCGAUGUCGCUGUGUUUAUACGGACUAGGCUAACAUAUCGUUAACGGAAAUAAUGACGACGACGAUUAUUAUUAUUAUUAUUAUUAUUAUUAUUAUUAUUAUUAUUACGGACAAUGAUUAUUAUGAUUAAUAUUCCUUAUUAUUGUUAUGGAGCUCGAGUGUUGCUGAUUGCUUGCUGUAAGUAUACGAGGAUGGAUCGUAUCGUCUAUUAGCGCAUUUCUACCGCCUCAUUAAACAAAUCGAAAUGGAAAUGUUCAAUUCAACACGAAAGAGAAAUUUCGUGCAUUUCUUAUUUUCUUAUUAUAAAAAAGUAAUUUUCUUAAGAAGCUUUGUUAUUCGUACUUACGAGGCGCCGUUUCACUUCGCAUCGGGCGCUUUUGUUUAAUUUUUUUUCUUAUCUUUUUCGUAAUGUUUUGCGUCAAGCAAAUAUUUAUGCGCGGCAGAGGAGGCACUCGUACGCUAUUGCUUCGCCAUAAAUUUUUCUCCAGACGAAUAUGAAUUAUUUGAAAAAAAUCUAGUCUUUUAUACAUAUAUGAUUGGGAAACUCGUGGUGAUAUUUUAAUGCUGAUAGAAAAAGCUCUCUUGAUUCAGAAUUUUUCCUGAUUUUGUAUUUUAUAUAUGACAAACGAAUAUUUUAUAGUAAAUUAAAACUUUUUCAAAAAAACUUAUUAUUUAGCGAGAGAUAUCUUUAAGAAAACUUUAUAACGGCAUCUGGGGAAAUAAUACUUACGGCGAAUUGAUUCCACUGUACGAAUGCUAUUUAUACGCAUUUUACGCAUAAUGUGCGUUGAUUUAGGAAUCACAAUUAAAUAUUAAUUUACGAGAUAUUAAUGUUGCAAUUUGGCUAAAUUUUCAGGUAGGCAAAUGAUUUGAAUAAAUCGGCAUAUCUACCUCAA